AUGAUUGAGACGUGGACUUUACUUCCUUUAACAUCUGUAGAGUUUGUAAAUUUGGGAGUCUUUCAGUAUUCCUCCUCUGAACCGUCAAAGAUCCAGGUCAACCUCAGCCUUCCUGAAAACUUGACUAAGUUGUCCAUCAGCUCUGGAAUACGACCAAUGACUCUUAUUUUAAGAAAGAGCAAGAAAUCCCAGGUGGGGCUCAGCCUCAAUUCUGGUCUUGAUAUGAUUUUUCGCAACUUGUCCAGUCUGGAGUAUCUUUGUAUGUCCUUUUGCUCAGUGCCUUUAUUUGAGAAAGACUUGAGCAGAGACCUGAAGUCACUAAAAGUGAUGUUUUUGCAUGCAGACAAUGAGUUCAGUGUGAUGGAAAACUUUAUCGAGCCCCUGAAAAACCUUCGCUAUCUCAUCCUGAAAGACGCACUUCUACACUGUAGCUGUGACAAUGCUUGGAUUACCAACUGGGCAAAGUAUGUAAAAAACGUUCAGGUCAGUUUUCGUGAUAGCGCAUUGGAAAGGCUGCCGUGUAAAACUGCAGAUAAAACUACGUUUCUGCACAAAUUUGUUCAAGAAAGCUGUUCUUUUGAUGUGCACUUUCUCCUUUUUGUCUCCACUUCUCUGGGACUGGUGCUUUUCAUGCUGGUAGUGCUGCUCCAUCAGCUGUUCGGAGAUUACCUGCUGGCAUUCUUUCACAUAGCUCAGGCCUGGGUAGAGGAAGCCAUGAGGGCAAACAGAAAAGGACAUUACCACUUCGAUGUGUUCGUGUCUUACUCUGGGAAGGAUGAGCGCUGGGUGAUGGAUGAACUUCUGCCCAACCUGGGAAAACGUGGACCCCCAUUUCUCAAGCUUUGCCUGCACAGCAGGGACUUUGAGUUAGGAAAGGACAUUGUGGAGAACAUCACGGACAGCCUCUACAGAAGCAGACACACCCUCUGCCUGGUUAGCCGCAACUACCUGCGGAGUACCUGGUGCUCUCUGGAGAUGCGUCUGGCAACAUACAGGCUGCUGGCUGAACACAGGGAUGUUCUUGUUCUGGUUUUCCUGGAGAAGGUUCCUCAGCAACUUUUAAAUGUACAUCAUAGACUGUCCCGGCUGGUGAAGACCCGGACCUACAUGGACUGGCCACAUGACCCGGCACUGCACAAUGCAUUCUGGGAUAGACUGUGGAAAAAACUUGCACCUGAAUCUAUAACCUAG